ACUAAUCCCAAGGCCUCAGCAAAGCCACGGUCAAAAUCAACAAAGCGUGGUGGUGGUGCAGCAAAGGGCAGUUCACAGGAGUCUCAUGAGCCCAGCUCGGCACCCCCAGGCUUCAGGACUCGUGGUGGCCGCGUCACAAAGCCCACAAAAAAACUGAAUACGCCAAAAGUCUCGCAGUAG